AUGGUCGAUCAGGGCGCGGCACGGGUAGAAGGAGUCUUGGAUAGACUAGCAGCCGCGAUAUUCUCCGGUGGUUCGCGCCAUAGAAACAAAUCUUGCAUUGAGUCUCCAGAGAAUCAUGCUUUGAUCCUCCGUCGGGAUCUCCCAUGCAGUAGUAAGGAAACAACAUUUCGAGAUGCGGUUUUGAUAUCCACGAAACAGCCUAGGGAUAAGCUUAUAACGGCCACCAGCAAGGUUAUUAACCAUCCAAGCCGGCAGGUCAAGCCACAAUCUCACCACUUUGGCCCCUCCACGUCUCUCUGCCUGCUGUCCGUCGAUACGAGCGAGCAGCAGCAAGCGAGCCAUUCGCCUACGCAGCGUCUCUCUCGUCUCCUCGGGCUCUUUCACCUGGCUCCGGCCUGCUUGGCUCUCUUGGGCGGCGAAUACCUGGGAUCUCGCGACCGCCGGGCCGUCCUGGAUGACAUCUCGCACGUAAAACGGGUCGACCGCAGUGCUGGGCGAUAUCGAGCUGCUGCGUAUUACUUCUCCUGGCUUCUGGACCCUUCGCCGGUGGUGUUUGGUGAUAGUUAUUUAUAUUCCCGCCUAGUCGUUGCGUCGCUGGUCGAAAAAACAUCCUUGCUGCUUUUCUCCAAACAUAUUCACAUAUUAUUCACAGACACCUCCACCCAGCGGCACAAGAGCACCGAGAUACACCGCACCAGAGCAGCUACUGGCCUCUCGUCUGCACCCAUGGAUAGCUUUGGCAGUUUACCUCCUCCCAAUCCAGUUGUCCCCGCGCCGUCGAAUUCUGUCUUUGCAAGUCUGCAUCGCAGAAGCCGCACCGCUGAGUCGCCUAGCUCAGUCACAAAGACCAUAGAAACCAGAGACGCCGCAGCCAGGGAGGCGAAGCGGUUCCUCCUCCAGGUCGUCCGGAAUGACUGGGCUUAUCCCCCGCUGCCGACACCACCUGCUGCUGCUGCCGAUGCUGCUGAACCGGACACCCCGCGGGCUGCUGAGGGCGCGCCGGCAGAAGAGCCAGAGGAGCCGCGUGAGAUAGCGUGGAGGCACCGGGAGAUGGACAACUCAGGUUCAGAGUGGGAAGAUGGGCUGGAUGGUCCUGAGGGACUGGAUCCGUACAGGUUUGAGUCGCCUGAGGCCGUUGCGCGGGGGCUAUCGGACAGACGCAGGAAACGCCGCAAGAUACAAGAGGACGAGAUGAAGUGGAACGAAGGGCUGAGCCUUUGGACGGCAAGGAGAGACGCUUGGACGGGUGCAAAGGCGCCUGAACGGCCUGCUGACGCCGCUGUGAGCGGUUCAAAGGCGAAUCUCGAGGCGUACAGACAGUCUAUAAGCAGCGAGGAGAGCUAUAACGGGAGCUACGAUACAGACCUGGUUGAUACCGAGUCGCAAUAUACCCUCUCCCGGCCUGCGUCCAACGCCUCAGCCACCGGUCACGUCAAGCCGUCGGAGCCACCAGCCGAUAAUGCACCCACAAGGGACAAUGUAGAGCAGCUUACCGUCUCAUUGGAUACAAAGUCUGCCUUAGACUGUCAAGCCGCCGCAACAUCAGACGCAAAGCAAGGAGAGGAUGACGAUGAUGAGUGCCUGGUGCCCAUCAUGGGACCCCUGAUUCCUGAUUCCAACAUGCUACGAGCUGCUAUCACUCCCAAUGUCUACCCGGCAAUUUAUAGCAGACUCGUCAUCCAGUCGAACACGCCCGCCGUGCCUAUCAACCUCUCUCAUAUGACCCGAGCCCUCGUCCAGGGAUGGAAGACAAACGGCGAAUGGCCCCCAAAGCCAACGCCAACAAAGGAUGUCCCUGUUAUCAAAAGGCCGAAGCAGCCAGCUGUCAACACUAGUCUCAGUGCCAAUGCCAAUGCCAAUGAACAUGGUGAAAUGCGGGAUGGCAAGGGAAGAAGGUUGUCCGGCGUCAGCAAUGCAGUAAAAAAGGUCCUCGGGCUGUCUUCGUUCAAUUCAGGAAAUAGGCUGCAUCUACGCUCGAACAGCCAUAGUGGUUCAGUAUCCAGGCCUCCAACGGAGGAUUCUCUUAACGCGCCUUGA